AUCUGUUUACCCUCAUGUUUGUCAUCCACAGGAAGUGUCUCGGUGAUGAACAGAAAGCACAGAGCAGCUGAAGUGCGUUUGAGUCUGCUGUGUUUUCUUCUGACUGCUGUAAUAGUGCUGUGUGUGUGUUUCACCACCGAGAGAAACCAGUUACUAACUCAGAUCAGUAACCUGAGUAAAGAAAGAGAGAAAACACUUACAAAAUAUGAGCAGAUACUGAACAAUAACAAUAAUCGGACUGAAGAAUGCAAGCAAAUACUCUCUAAAUAUGAGCAGAUACUAACCCACAAUAAGAACUUGAGAACAAAAAUUAUGACAGAAGAAAGAGAUAAGAUAAUAAAGGCCAGUGAACUCCAACAAGUACUAUUGGAACAAGAUCAGCAAAAUGAUCCCUUCAAAUGGAUUUACUACAACUUCAGUUUUUAUUAUAUUUCAUCUGAGUUGAAGAGCUGGAGUGACAGCAGGAGAGACUGUCAACAGAGAGGAGCAGAUCUGGUGAUCAUAAACAGUCCAAAGGAACAAGAUUUUGUACAAACAAUUGCUGUUUCUGAUCACUUUUGGAUUGGUUUGGGAAAGGUGGAGGGGAAAUGGAAAUGGAUUAGUGGAACCAUAAUGACAAAUGGGUACUGGAGUUCUCAUCAUCAGUCUUCACAAGGUUCAUACUGUGCUCUGACGACUUCAUCAGCAUCAAAGCCUCAGCCUUUUAAACACUGCAAUUCAAUUACAGAAGCUUUCACCUACUUCCUUUUCCAAAAACAGUCAACUCAACAGUAUCAGGCCAGAACAAUGGGACGAGAGGGCGGCUCGAGAAACACGCCAGCGAUGGCUACAGUAGAAAGGAAACUAGGGAUGACCCCUAAGGAGCUUGGGGAAGACUUGUGGCUUCCUGCCCUGGUUCAUGCCUCCCGUGCCUCCUCCAGUGUGAAGAAGGGCUCUAGUGCACAGGACAGGGGUCACAGGGGCCAGAGAAGGUCGGGGUUCGACGAGGGAAAGGUUCCUGUCCAGGGAAAUCCUGUCUUUCAACUACAUCAUGUCGGGGUUCAGGACCCUCACUGUGUCUUCAGGCCCCUAGGGACUGUUAGCUCAAAAAUGCAGAUUGUCUGA